UAUGACAAGGUUUGCCGCUUCUUCUCCAAAUAGAACAUCCCACGACUUCUACUUCUUAAGCUAAGUUUCAACUGCAAUUUUUCUUAACGCUCAUCAUCCAUGGAGAAUCGAAAUUUCAGACAUAUAUCUAUACUUAUAAUCUCAUCAAUAUUCUUUCAUUGGGCACUUGCCCACAAUGACUUUAUUUCUCAGGUCACUAAUCAAAUUGACGAAAACAGUAACUGGAAUGUGAGGUUUCUCUUCGACAAAUUUAUAAGUGAACAUGGCAAAGGGUAUGACGGUGUAGAAGAGUAUGGGAUGAGGCUGAGAAUAUUCGAGAAGAAUUUGAUGAAGGCAAUGAAGAACCAGGUAUUGGAUCCCACUGCCGUCCAUGGGAUAACGCCGUUUUCUGAUCUGACGGAGGAGGAGUUUGAAUCUCGUUACACAGGUUUGCUGAAUGUUCCCCACAAUUUUAUGAAUGAUUCGCCUGCGCCUGAGAUUUUGCCUGUGGAUGAUUUGCCCGCCAAUUUUGAUUGGAGAGACAAGGGUGCUGUGUCCCAGGUCAAAAUACAGGGAACUUGUGGCUCAUGUUGGGCGUUCAGUACCACAGGAGUUAUUGAAGGAGCAAACUUUCUUGCCACUGGAAAGCUUUUGAGCCUCAGCGAGCAGCAACUUAUUGAUUGUGAUCACAAGUGUGAUCCUCACAACAAAGAGGCUUGUGAUAAUGGUUGCAAUGGGGGAUUAAUGACAAAUGCAUACAAUUAUCUUAUUGAAGCUGGAGGCAUAGAGGAAGAGAAGACCUAUCCAUAUAGUGGAGCUCCAGGAGAAUGCAAAUUCAGACCUGAAAUGGUAGCUGUGCAAGUCCAAAAUUUCACCAAUGUCCCUCUUGAUGAGAACCAAAUUGCUGCUAACCUAGUAAAGCAUGGACCUUUGGCUGUUGGAUUGAAUGCAGCAUUCAUGCAGACAUACAUUGGGGGAGUUUCUUGUCCUCUAAUUUGUAGCAAACGGUUCGUAAAUCAUGGAGUUUUGCUGGUUGGAUAUGGAGAAAGAGGGUUCACGCCAUUAAGGUUGGGAUACAGACCUUACUGGAUCAUAAAGAACUCAUGGGGUAAAAGGUGGGGAGAACAUGGGUAUUACAAACUUUGUCGUGGGUAUGGUGAAUGUGGGAUGAAUACAAUGGUGUCUGCAGUGAUAGCAACACGAUAAAUAGGAUAAGUUUUUAAAUAAAAAAUUGUAUAUAUUCUAGUUCAGGGGAUUCUGUAACAUAUACACUUUGAUGUUAUUGCUUUGAACUUGAUUUUUGGCAGACCUCUUUUUUGUAUACGCUAAUAAAGUUUGUAAUCCAAUAUUAGUUUUA